AUGUCUUCAGCUCAAGAUCCAUUUUACAUUGUAAAAGACGAGAAUCAAGAUUCUAUUGAUAGCCUCCAGGGCAGCUUUCAUGAAUGGGAACGCGUCCCUGUUGGCAGCGGGGAACAAUCCCAGCUGACAAAGGAACUCCUUUCUAAUUGCGAGAGCAUUGAAUGGCAGGUGGAUGAGCUGGAAAAGACUAUUUCUGUAGCUGCUAGAGACCCUUCUUUGUAUGGUAUAAACCAAGUGGAGCUUGAAAAGCGAAGGAAGUGGACCACUACUGCUCGGAUUCAGGUGGGAAAUAUUAAGAACGUAGUGACUGUGACCGGAAGCAGUUCAAACUUUGGUGGGAUGCACCAAGAAUUAAUGCGGAUGCCAAAGUCUCAUCAGCAGCAGGAUAAGGACAGGACCAGAACCGGAUCAUAUGCUGCUGUAGAUAAUGAUGAUUUUAUUUCUUCAGAAUCAGACACACAGAUGCUUCUCAUCAGACAACAAGAUGAAGAGUUAGAUGAACUAAGUGCAAGUGUAGAAAGGAUCGGAUCUGUUGGGCUCACCAUACAUGACGAACUCCUUUCACAGGAGAAAAUUAUAGAGGAUUUGGGUUCAGAAAUGGAAAAAUCAUAUAUGUCUCUCCGCUCAUCCAUUAUACUAAUACCUAAGAAGCAGAGCCAAACCUUUCUUUCUCAAUCUCGGGUUCUGAUAGCUCUAGCAACCUCCUUCCAUGCCCUGCAGCCUCUCAAAGUUCUUGCAUUCAGGUUAUUCUCUUAG